AUGUACGGCGCGGCAAUAACGGCAUAUGAAUACGCAGGCCGGGCAUUCGUCGCUGAUACUUAUGGAGCGGACGGCUACUCGACCAGCACGUUCUCCAAUAUCUCUACCGCAACAUCCGGGUUUAUAGGCGCAGACCCUAUCGUGGUUGGCUUUCAAGAACAGGACUUACUGUCCUUUCCAGUGGACUACGUCUCGUCAAUGGCGAAGCGGUAUAAUAGGACCUGGACCGCUGCUACAACCACGUCCAACGCGCCCACUGCAGCAAGCACUCCCAGUCUACCUGUACAAACCAGUCCGCCAUCUACGCCCGCAGAUAACGCUGGUCUCAGUACUGGGGCUAAAGCAGGCAUUGGGGUCGGAAUUACUACAAGCGCCGUCGUCAUCGCAGCUAUUGGAGCACUGGUUUUAUACAGAAGACGAAAGUCGCGAAAGGCUAACGAACCGCAUGAGAGCGAACCCAUUCCAGAAAUGGAGGAUCGGGACGAGGUACACUCAAACAAGAAGUGGUAUUUGUUUGGAAAAUGGCGAAACGAGAUGCCUGCCGAGAACCAGCGGCAGGAAUUGGAUCCUAAGGCGGUCCAUGUGAUCAACCAAGUGCCGGUUGAGUUAGACACUUCAGAACGACCGCAAGAGCUUGAACUGAAUGAUGUUGAUGACGAACAGCCACCAUUCCAAGAGCGAGAUAAAUGA